AUGCUUGAGGAGCUUCUCCAUCUUGUGGGGGCACUGGACGGCGGUCUUUGGGAUGCUACACGAGCACCGGUGGGCUAUCUCAUCAGCAACCUCCUGCCAAUGGGAGGCUCGAAGGUCUCCUCGGCGAAGAGAAUACCAUUUGUCCCAGUGAGAGAAUCAUAUUUAAUUCAUACAUAUGGUCCUGUCAGUAAUCUUGGUUUUCAUUUAUCAUCCUCAGAAAUUUCCUUCAGGCUUCAAUUCAAUCUCUCCAUUCUCCUUCAAUACAGUAUGAGAGAUUUUGCAUCUUGUUUUAGUGAAUAUGCAGUGCAGGUUUCUGAGACAUCAUGUUCAAGUUAUUUAAAUAAUUCUUGUAUUUCUCCUAAUCUGAUCCCUUCAGUUCAAAAUGCUGUCACAUGUUUGUAUAGAAUCAUUCUCUCCAAUCAGAAGCAGAUUUUGAUCACAGUUACAUGGUGCAAGAGCAGCUUGACUCAAGGCCUGAAUAUAACCUUUGGUGAUGAUCAAUCAAGCGCCUUCAAACUUAACACGAAUUCGCGCUUAUUCAGAAAGUUAAAAGGCAGCAAAUCACUUGAAUUCCAGAAUAGUAAAAUUGAAGUUUUCUGGGAUCUUUCUGCAGCCAGGUAUGUUACAGGCCCUGAACCUGUCGAUGGAUAUUAUGUCUUCAUCACCGUUGAUUCAGAACUUGGCCUUAUUCUUGGAGAUAUGGCUCAAGAAGCUUGGAUGAAAAAGCACAAAAAUGGCAAUCAAAUGGCGAAAUUCUCAUUAAUUUCGCGCCAAGAACAUUUUUCGGGCAAUACCCUUUAUUCAACCAAGGCUCAGUUCAGCAAUACUGGUGCUGCUCACGACAUCUUGAUACGUUGUAGUGGAGAAAAAGAAGGCCUAAAGCAUCCGGUCCUAUCAGUUUGCAUCGAUAAGAAGAUUGUAAUUCGCAUAAAGCGCUUGCAAUGGAACUUCAGAGGGAAUCAGUCAAUUUUCUUGGAUGGUUUACUUGUUGAUCUUAUGUGGGAUGUUCAUGACUGGUUCUACAAUCCAGCCUCGGGAUACGCCGUGUUUAUGUUCAGGACCAGGAGUGGCAUGGAUAGCAGAUUGUGGUUGGAAGAGAAGCAGUUGCAGAAAGAUCAAGAUCAAGUUGAAUUCUCAUUAUUGAUCUGCGCCUGCAAAAACCUUUAG